AUGGCCGACUCGAGCAAGUCCGAGGAGACGUGUCCUGUCGACCACAAGGCCCGCGAGGCCUGGCUGCAGCAUGCCCGCGCCGCGAACCCAGACGGAGCGAACCCUUCACCGCACCCGCCGCACCCCAUUCCGCACCCUCCCGCCGAAGCAGACCAGCAGCAAUCGCAGUCCUGGACGCAGUCCCUCCUCUCCUACACGCCCUUCUCCUCCACUCCCGCAGCCUCAACCUCAUCCCCCGCCAACGCCGAUGCGUGCCCCGUAGACCACAAGUCCCGCGAAGCAUGGCUCCAACAGGCCCGCGCCGCGAACGCCUCCGCGAACCCUCACCCUCACCCUCACCCUCCCGCCGACACACCGAACCCCCAUGCAGCUGCUGCCGCCGCCGCCCCUCCACAGCAAUCCUCCUCAGGCUCUUGGUCCCAGACAAUCCGCUCCUACAUCCCCUUCGCCUCCUCCUCCUCUCCCACACAAUCCACCGCCGCCGCCGCCACGCCGCAGCCCGCAGCAACGAGAUCCCCCCUCGACACGCAUCGUGAGGUCUCCACGAUUCCGCGAACCGUAAACGCCGCAGCGUACCCGGGCAACCCCGCGACGACCCACGCACCGUCGAACCACGAACAGGAGACGGGCGCGGACGCGACGACGGGAAACUGGGUAUACCCCUCGGAAAAGAUGUUCUUCGACGCCAUGAAGCGCAAGGGACACGACACGCGCGCCGCAGACAUGGCGACCGUCGUGCCCAUCCACAACGCCGUCAACGAGCGCGCGUGGAAGGAGAUUAAGGAGUGGGAGAGGCCUUAUACGGAGGGAACCACCUGCGGCGGGCCUAAACUGCACUCCUUCGCUGGCCUGAGCACAAACAUGUCGCCCAAGGCGCGGAUAAACACGCUCCUGGGCUAUACACCCCCCUUCGACCGCCACGACUGGGUCAUUGACCGCUGCGGCGUGCAGGUAGACUACAUUAUUGACUUUUACGCCGGUCGCCCCGACGCGCAUGGCAAGCCGAGCUUUUACCUUGACGUGCGGCCCAAGCUGAACAGCUGGGAGGGCGUCAAGAUGCGUGCUUUGCGCGGGGUUGGGCUGGCGUAA